AUGUCAUCUUUUACAGGUAAUUCUGCUGAAGUAUCAUUAGACGUUUUCGAUGCAACGUAUAUCUUUAAGAAGAAACCAAUAAAUCAGACUGCAAUAAAUUCUACUGCUAUAAUUCAAAAGAAUCAUCUGUAUGAAAGUGAUUUAACAAGUGACGUUGAUAUUACUUUAAAUUCAUCCAUUAUUAUAAAUCAGGUAGACACAGCCACAGAGAAUUUAUUGUGUGAUAGUAAUUCUACUGCAAUACUUCAUAAGAAUCAUCUACAUGAAGGUGAUUUAACAAGAGAUAUUGAUAUUGAUUUAAAUUCAUCCAUUUCUAUAAAUCAGAUAUGCCCAGCCACAGAGAAUGUAUUGGAAGCUGAAUCUCUAGAAAAAACAUCAGAUGGCAAAAAAAUUUCACGAAAGUGGUUAUCAGUCCUCUGUAUUGAUAAUGAACUCAAAGCUUUAUACUGUCCGUUUUGUAUUGCAUUCAGUUCAUCUCCUACUACAUUUUCUAAUGGGUGUAAUAAUUUUAAACAUAUCCAUGAAGUUGUUAAAAUACAUGAAGAAUCGUUAAAACACAGGCAUUCAGUAGAAGCCUAUAUUCAAUUGUCAAAUGAUAAGUCUGUUGAAUUUGGUAUUAAUAACAAUUUAAUGGCAUUAAAAAAAAGUCAAAUACAAGAUAAUAUCAAUGUUAUAAGUGAAGUUUUUGAAAUAGUUAAAUUUCUUGGUCGUCAAAAUUUACCAUUUAGAGGUCCUAGAAACUCUGAAAGUCUGUAUAAGUGGAACGAUGAAGACAAUUUAAACAAAGGCAAUUUUUUGGAGUUGGUUAAAUUUACAGCCAAACGGGAUGCUACAUACAAACAUUUGAAUGCGGCUAUAAAAAACAGCAAACGCAGAAAAGACAAUUUGGAAAAAAAAUCAUUAAUUUCUUGUGGCAGGGGUUCACUUGUAACUUUAUUGUCUAAAACUACUGUGAAUAAAGUUAUUUUAUCUAUCGUGAAAUCGAUAAGAGAUAAAAUUAAAUUAGAAUUAGGUGAACAAAAUUUUAGUUUACAGUACAUUACACAAGAUGUUGGUGUUGUAGAUCAGGCAGCAGUAUGCAUCCGGUACAUUUAUGAAGGAGAAGUAAAAGAAAGGUUAUUUGCUUUAUUAAAAGUUGUCGAUGCAUCAGGAAAUGGCUACUAUGAUAUGUUAAAAAAACUUUUUUCUGAACAUUUCAUUAAUUUUAAUCAUACUAUUGGUGAAUCAUUUGAUGGAGCAGCUAAUAUGAGAGGGGAGUAA